GGUGGUUCAAAUACGCCUGGUAUUUAUAGUGCCGGCGACGAAGAUAUCGAACUGGUUCCAUUGGAUGAAUUCUAUGCUCAUGCUCCUGAGGGAGUAUCUCGACCAGAGGUGACCAAAACGAAUGAGCACGAGCAGCGAUUAGCAAGGUUGACGUGGGAAAUAGCACAACGGAAAGCAUUGGUUGAUACAUUAACUGAACAAGAAGGUCGUCGGAAUGUUCUUAUCAGCAGUAUCAAUGGCAAGGAGCAACGAUUGAAGAGCCUUCGAUCGAAAAUCUCUUUAUUAAUAACAGCUGCCAAGCCUGUUCAAGAGGCGCUUGGAGUUGGAAAUGCUUCGGCCUCAUCUGCAGAACAGCGAGCUCUGUUUUCCUUGCUGCCGCAUGACUUAUCGGUCUUAUACGUGCAGGCUGAGGCCUAUAGGGAUAUCAUGGAAGAUACGAGCUUACAAGUAGUAAUUCGUGGAGAUGCAAAUGAGGCACUGCGGCUGAAUCGCCGACAAAAAGAGGAGGCUGAGGAGAAGGAAAGGAGCGACGAUGAAGAAACAAGUGAUAAUGAUGAGCGACACAGUGUUGUGUCAGAUCGACUGGAGUUGAACAAGAAGGCAGUUACCCAGCCACAUCCCAUUUAUCUGAAGAUUGAUAUAGGAUGUCAAGAUGAUGUUAAAGUUGCUUUGAAACUGUUUCAUCUACCGGAGUUGAGGGUUACGUGCAUGAAGUACAAAAUCACUGGGAAAUUGCCAACACAUGGUGGUGUCUCCGCUCAUGAAAACUUACUCGAUUCUUUGUUUCCUGGUGACGAUGGAAUGGAGUGCCCAAAUCCUGUAGGAGCAGCGAAGCUAGCUCAACUCAAGAUCGGAGUGGAUUCGUUUGCUAGUAAAUAUGGCCGACCAUAUCGGUUCGUGCAGGCGUUGACAGGAUCGGCAUCGUUGACUGGCGGAGAUUCGCCAUCAAAAAUCGACACUACAGGCAUACAACUGGCUGAUGUACUACACGAUGUUGUAAAAGCCAUCCGCGAUCGUGUAUGGGCCCGUGUGAAACUCGUCCGUCAACUAGUCGCUUUAGAAUCUUCACCAAUGGAUGCCAUACGGUUAUUUGACAUCCCAUUGAAGAUGGUCACACAGAUCACCUCCUUUAAAAUGAUUGAUGAAGAGACGUUCAUGUCAUCUGUGACGCCAGAGCUGAGGAUUUUAGCCUCACGCGAGAAGGGAGCGUUCUUUUUCAUGGCUGCUUUGUUGAAUAAACUGUCUGAUCUCAAAAUUAAUGCCUACAUCAUGUUACCGGUGGACUAUCCUAAGCAGUUACCACUCUUUGGUAUUGUGUUCAUUAAAAAUGAGACUAAAGAAUCUCCGCAGCAGACGUUUUGUCCUACCGAUUGUUACAUUGUGAAGUCUCUGGAAAAGUACAUUAACGUGGAUUGCAUUACGGAAGAACACGUCGACUUGGAUUCUAUAUUGACGCGACAGUUGGCAUAUUUAGCGAGUAGAUGUGAUGUGGUUGCUGAUCUUGUCCCACAGUUCCAAUCCGGCAGUAACACUCAACGACAGCAUCUGUAUAGUAGAAUGUCACGAGGACGUGAUGAUGAUCUCCCGUUUGGGUAUUCACCUGCAACAAACGCUUUCGCGUUUCAAUAG